UCACCUGAGAGCUUCUGUUGGGAAGCUGGUGCAGGCCAGAUCUCAAUUCACACUGUGGUUUCCUUUAUAAAACCACACCUUGGAGAGCAUAGGCUAAGGCUGAAGGUCACCUCCCCCCUUCUCUUCAGACUGUUUUUUUUUUCCUAAAAAAACCAAACAAACAUGGAAGUGGCUUUUCAGGUUUAGGUUGAAUAGGAUGUGAACAGAUAUAAAUGCUUCUUUAGCACCAGACAUCUGAUUUAGCCUAUAUAACAGCUAGCAAGAGGAAAUUUGCAACACAAAAGUUAGUAGUAUGCAUUUCUCAAUUGCUUAUACACAGAAGCUAAAAUUAGAGGUGUUCAGAGGGAGUAUAAGUUCCCUUUGUAGACUAACUGAACAACAAGCUAUUUGAUCCUUACUACUGAGUUUGUGCUGCAGAACCACAUCUCUUUGUAUGUUUGUGCAGAAAAGUGUUUUAUUGUCUCAGCUGAAAAGAGCAGGGAAAGCAGUCUAGUCCGUUUCAAAAUCACCUUGGCAAAUGACAACGUUGCCAAAGGUUUAUUCACCUACUUGUGCUUGUUGAGGGCUGGUACGGUAAGGCAGACAAACUGGAAAACCUGGUAUUGCACAGCACAAGAGCUGUAGUUCUGGAGACUGGGCAAAUCGAUACUUCCUCCCCCUCCCUUUUCUCUCUAGCUAGCGCCGGCGACGUAUUUGUCCUUCCAAGGAAUUCCCCUCGUUUAUCAGUGUUUUGAGAUCACUCCUGCGAAAACCAUCCCUACUCUCGCUGUUACGGUCUUUAACCUCAUACCAGAACUGCUACUGGCAUAACUGCAGCUGAAACUGCAGAAGAAAAUGAGUUAUCAUCUCCUUGCUUGCUUCAGAAACAAAGAUCCUCGCCCAGGAACGGAAGCGAUGAAAACGCAAAGCUCUGAUCAGGAGCAGGAGGAUAUUGAAUUACAAAUAGAAGAGGUUAAUAGAGAAGAAAGUGAGGCUGUUUAUAAUGAGCCUCUAACUUCGCAAACAGCAGCAACAAAAAAGAACAGGGAUCAUUGGAAAUCAUGCAACAAUGUCAUUUUCUGGAAGUGUAAACUAUGGAUGGUUAUAGCUACAAUUUUUAUAGCGCUCUUCCUGGUAAUUCUCAUCAGCCUACUUCUCUAUUCUAAUGUUUACACAGAUGAGGAUGAGUAUUGGGAUCCUGAUGCACUCCUACACAGUGGAAACUAUCGCAAUUUUUCUGGAAAACUCAAGUUAAAGUGUGGUCUUCCAUACCUUUUCUCUGAAGACAUCACCAAGAGGUUAACAGAUGUCUACAGUUCAUCUCCAGCUCUGGGACGCUACUUUAGGUCAGCUCAAGUGGUUUAUUUCAGUAAUGAAAGCGCUACUGUAUUUUAUCAGCUGGAGUUCUCUGUACCACCAUCAACAGAAGGGUUUAUGGAAAACAUGAUGAAUCCAGAGUUUAUAAGGAAUGUUUUACGUCAAAAUAUUUAUGAUGAAGAAGAUGUUCUUCAUCAUGGGACAUCUGAAUGUACCAAGUUAAAGCUUGACCCAGCUUCUCUUACCUUAACAUAGAAAUGAUGGAAAGACUCCUCUUCUUCCUCGGCUACUUGGAGAGAUUGCCUUCUCAGGUCUCUUAGUAAUCCAAAGGGCUGGGAGCUAUUCGUUAUGUAGAAACACUUCUAAUGAUGUUGAUGUUCUGUAAAUACUGUGUGAUGCAGUAUGGUAAGCUGAAAAUGUGGUAUAUUUAUAACAGUGUUGUACUCCUAGAACAUUGCUACCUCCUUCUUUACCGUUGUCCUUAUAUAUCAGUAACCCAUUUUGAUUUGCUUUUGGGAAAAUCAUGUAUCGUGCUUGAUACAUGCUCCAUUGACCUGCCUUAGGAAUCAGUUCUGCAUUCCUUGCGCUUGCUUUAGAAGCAUUCUUGCCUAUACUUCCUUUCUUCUGCUCUUUGCUUAUCCAGAAUUAUCUGCAUAGCUUCAUCCUCCAUACUCACCUCCAUACUCACUUCAUCCUUCCAUAGUCACCUAUGCUCAAGUCUGUGACUUUUUCCCUGUUGACUUCCUCAGCCUCGUUUCCCCGUUAUUCUUUCCUCUCAAAGCAACCUGAAAACUUAACGUGUCCCUGUUAUUUUCUUUAGUUGCAUGCAAGGCCUUUGCAUUAGCUUCUUAAGCGAGCUGGGAAUCUUAUCAUCCCUUUGUUCAUCCUAUAGUCUUCUUAGAGAAGAUAUUAUCUGCUUUAUUUUUCUCUUUCAUAAUGUGAAAUAGAAAUGUCCCAAGGGUCCAUCUUCAUCAAUGUGUUGCACAGUGCCACGUAGACUGAUGGAUCUCUGCUCUUGGUAGAGUCCUGCAGCACUCACAAGGAUAUUUCUGAUGAAUGUAAUGGAAAACUCAGCGGUGCUGUUUGCAAUAGCCAGGUAAAGGGCAUCUUGCCCAGAGCUAAUAAAUGUAUUUAAAGUGAAUAGCGCAAUGCCAUGGAUAAGAGACAUAUCUUGUUCCCUAACGCAUCUGAAUGUCUGAGGAAUCUUUGAAAGUUCAAAUAAGCUGCACACUUUUAACAACUGGCUACUGUUAGACAGUGAUGCUUGUGAAAAGGCAGCUAUUUGACCUGCAUUUGUAAAUUCAAAGAGAAGUUAGUCUAGAUCCUGAAUAUACCCCCUGCCCCAACAGGGGAAAUAAAAAUGAACAGAUGCAAGAUUUUUGCCUUAAUAAGGUAGCAAAUACUCGUUCUAGCUGACAAGAGAUUGCACAAAAUGGACCAGUGCUAAGAGAAGGGUGCUGAGGCACAUCAUGUAGGCCAGUGUGGCAUGACAGUUCGUUACUGGCAAUAAUAUCAACAUUUAAAAUUAAGCAUUAGCUUUACUAGAGAUGUGAUGAAUUCACUACCAUGCUAGUGAAAUAUAACUUCUUGUCGUGAAUGCAUUGUUUGAAUUUGUUACUGUAAACGUGUAUAGCCAGUAUAAACGCUGCUACUGUUGGAUAGAGAAAUGUAUUUUAAGAAACCUUUUGUAUUAUCUUGAGAAAUAGCUUGUGGGAAAUUGUGUUUCUGUUUUUUUAAUGUUAUUAGUAUA